AUGGCAGGGGGUUCAGAGACUAAUGGCACUGCAAGUGAGAGAGAUCCACUUUUGAACCAUCAGAGUUCCUGUGAGACUGAAACGGAAGUUGAUUCAAAGAGAAGUGAUGCCCAAUCUACGGAUGGUCGUGUUAGUGAUCUUGAGCAUGGUGAUGCAGUGCAGGCUGCAAAUGUCGGGUUUUGUAGAGUUCUCUCAAUGGCAAAGCCAGAUGCCGACAAGCUGUUUCUGGCAACUGUUGCAUUACUUAUUGCAUCCACAUCAAGCAUUCUAGUUCCAAAAUAUGGGGGAAUGAUAAUUGACAUUGUUUCAAGAGAAGUGAGAACACCUGAGCAACAAAUUGAUGCACUAGAUGCUAUCAGGGAUACCAUAUUAGAUAUUGUGGGUAUUGUUGUUAUAGGAUCAAUAUGCGAGGGGAUGAAUACAUGGUUAUUUUCUUCGGCUAGUGAAAGAGUUGUUGCCCGGUUGAGGCAGAACUUAUUUAGUCAUCUUAUUCAGCAAGAAAUUGCAUUCUUUGAUGUAACACGAACUGGGGAGCUCCUAAGCUGGCUAUCUGAAGAUACCCAAAUUAUAAAAAGUGCAGCUACUACCAAUCUGUCUGACGCCUUGUGUGGUAUUUCCACUGCAUUUAUUGGCCUGACCUUCAUGUUCCCAACAUCUUGGAAGCUAACAUUAUUGGCAUUGGCAAUUACACCAGCCAUUUCAAUUGCGGUACGCAAGUUUGGGCAUUAUCUUUGCGAUCUUUCUCAUAAGACUCAAGCUGCUGCUGCAAUAGGUGCUUCAAUUGCAGAGGAAUAUUUUGGUGCUGCCCGGACAGUUAGAUCUUUUGCACAGAAGGAGUUUGAAAUUGGUCGCUAUGGAGAAAAAGUCGAUGAGACUUUGAAGCUGGGACUGAAGCUAGCUCUGAAUGGUUGUGGGCCUCUUCUCUGGAGGGCUUAAUGCAGCAUUCGCAUUAUCUGCUGUCAUAGUGGUGAUUUAUGGAGCCAACUUAACCAUUAAAGGUUACAUGACCGCUGGUGAUC